AUGAAUAUACGUCAAUACUAUUCAAAACGUCAUUUGAAUGCAAACAAUGAUUCAAAACUGGAAAAAUUGCAAAAAUAUCUUGACCAACUAAAAGAUGCAUUACAAAUAUUUAUUCGUACAAAUGAUCCUUCUCAAUUAUUUCGUCGAACACGAAUUUUACUAUCAAAAUGCGAUGAAAAUGAAUCUCCAUUAAAUGAUGCUAUUGAAAAUGGUCAUGCUGAAUUAGCAUUAUCAGUAAUUAAACAAACUAUUAGUGCAAAUCCAUCGAUUGGAUUACUUGAAAAAGUAAAUAAAAAUGGUGAAAGUGUAUUACUAAUUGCAAGUAAAUGUAAUGAAUGGAGAUUGAUUGAGAUUAUUUUAAGAAAACGAUGUGAUCUUGCUGAGCAAAAAGAUGAGAAUGGUAAUAAUAUGUUACAUAUACUUGGAAAGUUAGCUGAAGAUAAAGGUGCAGAAACAAUUAAACAAGUUUUGCCAAUCCUAAAGGAUCAAAUGAAAAUGGAUUUACGAAAAGAGAAAAAUAAAAAAGAUCAAACACCAGCUAAAGUAGCACAGUCUCAUGGAAAUACAUCUUGCUUUGAACUUCUGACUAAUGUUGCAGACAAUGUGUAA